UGAAUGCAGUCUGCCCUUGGCACUCUUUUCCCUGAAGUGUUGUCGAGGCCAGGAAGGAAGGAUGCACUCAGAGGACCGCAGACAGGUGGCCGUGGCUGAGAGGAGAGGCCCCCGCAGCACUGAGGGUUUGGGCUUGCAGGCGCUGCAGGAGGCGCCCUGCGGGGUCCUGUCUCAGCCAUCUCUGAGCGGGAGGCCUGAGCGGGAAGCAUUGGCGGUCGGGCGACUUCCAGGAAGCUAGAGUGUAGCGCUAUGGAGGAGCUUGAUGGCGAGCCAACAGUCACUUUGAUUCCAGGUGUGAAUUCCAAGAAGCACCAAAUGUGUUUUGACUGGGGCCCAGGGGAAAUGCUGGUGUGUGAAACCUCCUUCAACAAAAAAGAAAAAUCAGAGAUGGUGCCAAGUUGCCCCUUUAUCUAUAUCAUCCGGAAGGAUAUAGAUGUUUACUCUCAAGUAUUGAGAAAACUCUUCAAUGAAUCUCAUGGAAUCUUUGUGGGCCUCCAGAGAAUUGAAGAAGAAUUGACUGGAAAAUCCAGAAAAUCUCAGUUGGUUCGAGUGAGUAAAAACUACCGAUCAGUCAUAAGAGCGUGUAUGGAGGAAAUGCACCAGGUUGCAAUUGCUGCUAAAGAUCCAGCCAGUGGCCGCCAGUACAGCAGCCAGGUCUCCAUUUUGUCAGCAAUGGAGCUCAUCUGGAACCUAUGUGAGAUUCUUUUUAUUGAAGUGGCCCCAGCUGGCCCUCUCCUCCUCCACCUCCUUGACUGGGUCCGGCUCCACGUGUGCGAGGUGGACAGUUUGUCGGCGGAUGUUCUGGGCAGUGAGAAUCCAAGCAAACACGAGAGCUUCUGGAACUUGGUGACCAUCUUGGUGCUGCAGGGCCGGCUGGAUGAGGCCCGACAGAUGCUCUCCAAGGAAGCCGACACCAGCCCCGCCUCUGCAGGCAUGUGCCGGAUCAUGGGGGAACUGAUGAGGACAAUGCCCAUUCUCAGCCCUGGGAACACCCAGACACUGACGGAGCUGGAGCUGAAGUGGCAGCACUGGCACGAGGAGUGUGAGCGGUACCUCCAGGACUGCACAUUUGCCAGCAACCCUCACCUAGAGUCGCUCUGCAAGAUCAUGCUGGGAGAUGAAGCUGCCUUGUUAGAGCAGAAGGAGCUUCUGAGUAACUGGUACCAUUUCCUAGUGACUCGGCUCUUGUACUCUAAUCCCACAGUAAAACCCAUUGAUCUGCAGUACUACGCCCAGUCCAGCCUAGACCUGUUUCUGGGAGGCGAGAGCAGCCCAGAACCCCUGGACAACAUCUUGAUGGCGGCCUUUGAGUUUGACAUCCAUCAAGUGAUAAAAGAAUGCAGCAUCGCCCUGAGCAACUGGUGGUUUGUGGCCCACCUGACAGACCUGCUGGACCACUGCAAGCUCCUCCAGUCACACAACCUCUAUUUUGGUUCCAACAUGAGAGAGUUCCUCCUGCUGGAGUACGCCUCGGGGCUAUUCGCUCAUCCCAGCCUGUGGCAGCUGGGGGUGGAUUACUUUGAUUACUGCCCUGAGCUGGGCCGAGUCUCCCUGGAGUUACACAUUGAGCGGAUACCUCUGAACACUGAGCAGAAAGCCCUGAAGGUGCUGCGGAUCUGUGAGCAGCGGCAGAUGACUGAACAAGUUCGCAGCAUUUGUAAGAUCUUAGCCAUGAAAGCCGUCCGCAACAAUCGCCUGGGUUCUGCCCUCUCUUGGAGCAUCCGUGCUAAGGAUGCCGCCUUUGCCACGCUUGUGUCAGACCGGUUCCUCAGGGAUUACUGUGAGCGAGGCUGCUUUUCUGAUUUGGAUCUCAUCGACAACCUGGGGCCAGCCAUGAUGCUCAGUGACCGACUGACAUUCCUGGGAAAGUAUCGCGAGUUCCACCGUGUGUAUGGUGAGAAACGUUUUGCUGACGCAGCUUCUCUCCUUCUGUCCUUGAUGACGUCUCAGAUUGCCCCUCGGUCUUUCUGGAUGACUCUGCUGACAGAUGCGCUGCCCCUUUUGGAACAGAAACAGGUGAUUUUCUCAGCAGAACAGACGUAUGAGCUGAUGCAGUGUCUGGAGGACUUGACUUCAGGAAGACCCGUGCAUAGAGGACCCGACACCCAGCAGUGCCAGGAUGAUGACAUAGAGACCACCAAGGUGGAAAUGCUGAGACUUGCUCUUGCACGAAAUCUUGCUCGGGCAAUUGUAAGAGAAGGCUCACUGGAAGGCUCCUGAGAGCUGCUUCAAUGUGGACCUGAGUCACGCUAUAGCCCUGGAUUCCUGAGAUCUUGGCUGCUCUUUGGUUUAGGAGCAUGUGGAGACAUCGAGGACCAGGCACCAUUCCAUGCCUUAAAUUCUCUCAGUCUGAAUAGACACCAGGUUCUGCCCCAGGGGCCUCAGCUGCCAGCACCACUCCUUCGCUAGUGACCAGCAUUAUGUUUAAAUACAGAAUGAACUGGACUCACCUCUCUCUUCUUCAGCUGGCCAACUCUGAACUGUCAACACAACCCUGUCAGCAUCUCUUCACGAAGCCUUCCCUUGCCCUACGUGGGCUCAGGGCCCUAACUCUAGGCUGCUUUCCUUAGCCUCUCUGCCUCGCACACUAACCACGUGGCUGUGCUGGCAGGGAUGGCACUGUAGUCACCUCUGAGGCCUCAGGGCCUGGCACAAUGCACACACAUUUGUGGAACGGCUGGCUGAAGAGAUUCAAGAUCUAUCUAAGUUUGUAUCAAGGACUUUCUGCUGGCUUUUGGCAUGAGCCCUGAGAACCACCAGGGGACAUGAGGGAUGGCCUGGGCAGGUGAAGAGCCAUGGCUUCCAUCUCCAGAGGGUGAAGAACCUACCGUCAGGGCCUGAAGUGCCUCCCAUUCCUGUGGGGACUGGAUCUUGUGGGCCAGCAGUCGGACAGCGAUCUGUGGCCUAGGAACAAGCAGAGCACACUUCAGCGCAUUGAGCCUGGGGCUGGCCCUCCUUGGCCACGGUUGUUCCCCUUCCCAGUCCGCUGCCUCUCAGCUGCCCCUGCAGUGCUGAGACUCACCCUUCCAGCUCCUUGUUGAUCUGAUCACAGAAGCCAAUUAUGUAUUCCCAGUCCUCCUGGCGGUUGGAAGGAUUGGUGGCUUUAUCUUGGGACAGAACAAAAAAAGAGAACAAUUGUUACAAAGAGCAAGGAGGAUGCA